AUGAGUUGUAUCAAGUUGUAUCACAAUGUAUUUAUUUCUAUAUAUCAUAUCAGCACUAGUAUAUAUAAUCUGAGUUUAUUUCUGUAUCAUAGAUUGUAUCACAAUGUAUUUAUUUCUAUAUAUCAUAUCAGCACUAGUAUAUAUAAUCUGUGUUUAUUUCUAUACAUGAGUUGUAUCAAGUUGUAUCACAAUGUAUUUAUUUCUAUAUAUCAUAUCAGCACUAGUAUAUAUAAUCUGUGUUUAUUUCUGUAUCAUAGAUUGUAUCACUAUGUAUUUAUUUCUAUAUAUCAUAUCAGCACUAGUAUAUAUAAUCUGUGUUUAUUUCUGUAUCAUAGAGUAGGUCAAUACACCAAUAAGAUACAUGAGUUGUAUCAAGUUGUAUCACAAUGUAUUUAUUUAGCACUAGUAUAUAUAAUCUGUGUUUAUUUCUGUAUCAUAGAGUAG